UUUCUUAUUAAUUUAAUUUCUUCUUGUCUCCUUUUUGAUCUUUUCUCUUCUGGCUGGUUUCCUUUGGUUUUUUAAUCUCCUAUAUAUGUUUUCCAGCCUUGUAAAUAGCAUUGAUCUGAUCAUGAGUGUUUCUUGUUGAGGGCAUCUCUCUUGUGGAAUCUGAGGGGACGUGACUGUAGAAUUCUAGAAGGUUUUUUUGCUACAAAUUAAAGAGAUAGAAGAAGAAGAAGAAGAAGCAAAGAGCAGAUAUUGGUGAGAAAAUUCUGGUGUCUAACUUAUUUGAUUGAUUGGUUCAAUCCUAGUCAUAUUUGUCAUCAAGCGGUUCUCUCUGACAUCCUCUGCCUUUGUCAACUCUAUUUUGGCUUUGGUUUUAAUCCGAAUUUUCGGUGGUUUAUUGGCGGAAGAGGUUGUCUGCAGCAGAGGCUUUUGUAUAUUUUUUUGGUAUUCAUGUCUCAACAAAGGCAGAACAAGAUGGUGGGUGCAAACAAUGCCGCACAUGUAGGCGACACAACCCGCACCAAGAUCUUUGUUGGAGGAUUGGCUUGGCAGACUCAAAGGGAUAGCUUGCAGCGUUAUUUUGAGCAGUUUGGAGAGAUUCAAGAGGCUGUUGUCAUCCUUGACAAAAAUUCAGGAAGAUCAAAAGGCUAUGGCUUUGUAACCUUUAAGGAUCCGGAAUCAGCCAUUAGAGCUUGUCAGGACAAGUCUCCUCAUAUUGAUGGAAGAACAGCAAAUUGUAACCUUGCAGCCUUAGGGGCACAAAAAAACUACCCAAGUACCACUCCUCAACGAGGAAUGGAGAAAUUCAGAUCAUCUUUUAGAACCAUGGCUCCAGUUCCUUAUCAAGGCACCACCACCUCUACAUAUUUUCAUCAACAUGUUCCCCACUACGCAUUCCCACAAUCAGCAUAUGGGUAUCCUUAUUACCCACAAGACAUGUUUCCGAUGAACUAUUACAAUGCAUAUGGUGGUGGCCAACAGUUGCCAUCUUAUUACGCCUUUGUAGCAGCCGGGUCUCCUGAAGCCUAUAAUUACUAUCCCUUCCAUGCCCAAUAUGGACAUGAAAGUCCUCUGCAAAUCCCCAAAACAACACAACAUCCUUAUUUGCCUCCCACGUCAUCAGUUUCCCCAUCUACCACUGCAACUGCAAUACCAGGCCCCCCAGCAGCAAUUGCUGCCGCAGGAGUGCCAGGAACAGAAACAGCCUCUGAACAGAAUUCAUCAGCAUAAUUUGAAUGACAGAAAGUUAUUACGUUACAAGAGUAGAAGAGUCCAACAGAAAAAAAAAAAAAAAAUGCAGAAAGGAUUACAAAGGAUCAUAGAUCAUAGCAGAUUAAAGAAAGGAACAGUUUUUCAUUAUAUAUUCGUUUCCAACAUUCCUGAGCAGGUGGGUUUGCUGGGAAAAAGUAAACAAGCAUAGAAGACACUAGAUAUAGUUCAUUACACAGGCAUUUUGCAUGUCAGUCUAGUGUUUUUUUCUUUUUGACUUGCAAUGGAUUACUACAAGUAUCUAGAUUUAAUUUUAAUACACAUUUUUAGAUCCAUAAUCUCCAUCAGGAUAUUGCUUUCA